AUGUCCUCCCACUCUAACCGAGCAUGCUCGGCUCCGGGGGUGCGCAGCACGGCAAUCUGUGAGGGGACAUGUACAAUGAUCAUCAGUUCACUGAUGAUCAGUGUAGUUCCAGCAGUGCCACCUGUCAGUGUCCAUCAAUGCCAGCUGUCAGUGCUCAUCAAUGCCACCUGUCAGUGCCACAUAUCAGUGCCUACCAGUGCACAUCAAUGCCACAUAUCAGUGCCCGUCUGAGCUGCCUUUCAGUGUCACCUAUCAGUGCCAUUCAGUGCCACCUAUCAAUGCCAGUCAGUGCCACCUAUCAGUGCCACCUAACAGUGUCAGUCAGC